UUGUGCGGGCUGAUAACGGCUUCACUCUCGGCGCUCAACACACUUGGUAGAGGUGCUGCCUAAACCCAAUCGCAGCUAUGGGGUCGAUCUACCGUUCGGAGGUGAUGAGCCUCUGCCAGAUUUUCUUACAAACGGAUUCUGCUUAUCAAUGUGUAGCGGAGCUAGGAGAGUUGGGCUUAGUGCAAUUCUUGGAUCUGAAUGAAGAGAUGAACGCAUAUCAAAGAAAAUUUGUUAACGAGAUACGGCGCUGCGAUGAAAUGGAAAGAAAGCUAAAGUACAUCCAAGACGAAGUAACGAAAGAUGAUGUUGAGAUUCAAGACUGUGAUGACCACAUUCCAGCACCUCAGCCGAAAAAUAUGACAGAGCUUGAGGGCAAUUUCGAGAAACUUGAAGAGGAGCUGCUGUCGAUUAAUUCUAGUUCUAAGCAGCUCAUCAAAAACCACGUUUUUCUGCUUGAGAUGAAGGCUGUCUUGGAGAAAGUUCAUUUACUACUCGACGCAGGCACCAGACGCGAUGCAGCGAUGUCAAUUAGCGAAGCAUCUCGUGGAGAGGCUGGCCCAUUUACCGUUGGACUAAAAAAUGAAUAUGAAAAGGAGAAAAGAGAAGAAAAUGAGCUGAAAUUUAUUGCUGGUGUCAUCAACCGCAACAAAGUGAUCGCAUUCGAGCGAUUUAUAUGGCGUUUUUGCCGUGGUAAAGUUUUUGUCCGUACCGCAGAUAUAGAAGAAAGCACAGAGCUAUUUAACACGCAAAAAGCAGCGGAGCCGAAGGCAGUAUUCAUGCUGUUUUUCUCCGGAGAACAACUGAGGUCUAGAGUGACUAGGAUUUGCAGUGGCUUUCAUGCCACUACCUAUACUUGUCCUGAAAGUCCCAGCGAGCGGGCCCAUCUUCUUUCCCAAAUAAGCACACAAGUUGGUGAUAUGGAAAGUGUCAUACGAAAAACCCUCGACUAUCGUAGUAAAAUCAUCUAUGCUGCAGCAUUGAGCAUCAAGAAAUGGACCAUAAUGCUUCUCAAACUCAAGUCUAUAUUCGCUACGCUGAAUAUGUUCUCCGUUGAUGUCACACAAAAGUGUUUGAUUGCUGAGUGUUGGGUCCCUACCGCAGAUCUUCAGCUGGUUAGAAAUGCUCUACGCAAAGGAACUGAACAAUCCGGUUCACCCAUCCAAGCAAUUUUGAACGAAAUGGAAACCGAUAUGGUACCACCCACACACUUCAAGCUGAACAAAUUCACACAAGGGUUUCAAAAUAUCGUUGACGCUUAUGGUAUCGCCGAUUAUCGAGAAGUAAAUCCAGCCCCAUGGACGAUCAUCUCCUUCCCCUUCUUGUUCGCCGUUAUGUUCGGUGAUUCUGGACACGGUAUCAUCAUGUUCUUAGCCGCGCUAGCCUUCGUCGUCUUUGAGAAGAAACUGAUUUCGAUGAAAAUUAAGGACGAGAUUUUCAACACAUUCUUUGGCGGGCGCUAUGUUGUACUGCUUAUGGGAAUGUUCUCGAUCUACACUGGAUUCUUAUACAAUGACAUCUAUUCGAAAUCUAUCAAUGUCUUUGGAUCCUCAUGGAAAAAUCCAUACCCGGAAUCAUUACUUGCCAAAAUGGACAAUCAAAGCAGUGCUUCUCCUUUGGAUCUUACAUGGCCACCAGAAUAUUCGUAUGACUCCAGCAGGGGACCGUAUCCAUUUGGUGUCGACCCAGUCUGGAAUUUGGCAAAGAAUAAGCUCAACUUCCUUAACCCUCUAAAAAUGAAAACCUCAAUCAUACUUGGAAUUGGACAAAUGGUCUUUGGUUUGAUGCUCUCAUUGUGCAACCACAUCAAUAAUCACUCUAUGGUCGACAUUUUCUUCGUUUUCCUUCCGGAAUGUUUCUUCCUUGGAUGCAUUUUCGUGUACUUAUGCGUCAUGGUAGUGCUCAAAUGGAUCUUUUUCUAUGUGAAUCCCACUUUUAUCUUUGGUCAACUAUAUCCAGGAUCAAAUUGUGCGCCAUCGCUUCUGAUCGGUCUUAUAAACAUGUUUAUGCUCAAGGCGAGAGAGCCCGGAUUUGUUCAAUGCAUGAACUGCCCGAAUGCUACAACAUGGGUGAUAAUUGAUGGCAAAAACUAUACUUAUGCGAAUUACGAUCAACAAAACGCAUGUUAUUUGCAACAAUGGUAUCCACAUCAGGCAAUUAUCGAGCAAAUUCUACUCAUCCUCGCCGUUAUUGCCAUCCCAGUAAUGUUAUUGGUGAAGCCAUUCUAUAUUCGUUGGCGCCAUAAUAGGGGGCUACCAAUUGCAGGAGGACAUUCUCAUGGCGAUGGCGAUGAAGAGUUCAGCUUUGGUGAUGUGAUGGUCUAUCAAGCCAUCCAUACUAUUGAAUUUGCCCUUGGAUGUAUCUCCCACACCGCUUCCUACCUGCGGUUAUGGGCUCUGUCACUCGCUCACGCACAGCUUUCGGAAGUACUUUGGGAUAUGCUUCUAUCGAUAGGAUUGAAUAUGGGCGGAUGGGGAGGAUCAGGAGCAAUAUUCAUUCUUUACUUCUUCUUUGGAGUACUUUCAAUAUCAAUUCUGAUUCUUAUGGAAGGCCUUUCUGCCUUUCUGCAUGCACUCCGUUUGCACUGGGUUGAAUUCAACUCGAAGUUCUAUGGUGGUACGGGCUAUGCAUUUACGCCUCUCUAUUUCACUCGACUCAUACGUAUUGAAGAAGGAUUGGAACAAGAGUGAUCACCUCACACCAAUUUCUUUAAGCAAUAAAUAUAGUUUCAAUCUCCAAUCUAAACCAAAUUUUUGAGACCAGAAUAAAA